UUGUGGGUAAGAGAGGUAGCCGAACGUGAACCUCCCAUUGGCUCAUCAGAAGAUCACCUUAUCCACACCUCACCUCAUAUUCCCUCCCUCCCUCCACUUCCACUCUCCAAGCUCCCUUCCACUCGGAACACAUACUCCAACAUAUUCCCUCCGCCGCAGCCACCACCACCGCAACCACCACCACCACCACCACCAUGGCCAUGGCAGCCCAAGCAGCCCUCCUAGCCCCCAAAAUCCCCUCUCUAAAACCAAGAUCCACCUCCUCGCCCUCCCUCUUUCAACGAGCCACCCCCCUCUCAAACCAAUCUCUCCGAACAAAGCCGAUCGUUGCCGCCACCACUGAAGAGAAAGCCGCGCCUGAAGCCCCAGUCGGAUUCACCCCACCCACCCUCGACCCCAACACACCAUCUCCCAUCUUCGGUGGAAGCACGGGGGGCCUCCUACGAAAGGCCCAAGUCGAAGAAUUCUACGUAAUAACAUGGGAUUCACCGAAAGAGCAAAUCUUCGAAAUGCCAACCGGUGGAGCUGCAAUUAUGCGAGAGGGACCCAACCUCUUAAAAUUAGCUCGAAAGGAACAAUGUUUAGCCCUUGGAACCAGACUGAGGUCUAAGUAUAAGAUCAAAUAUCAGUUUUAUAGGGUUUUUCCUAAUGGUGAGGUGCAAUACUUGCACCCUAAGGAUGGGGUGUACCCUGAGAAGGUGAACCCGGGUCGACAGGGAGUGGGUCUGAAUUUCAGGUCCGUCGGAAAGAACAUAAGCCCGAUUGAGGUCAAGUUCACCGGGAAACAGGUUUAUGACGUUUAAGCUUUGUGUGGUUGGAUUUGGUGAACAUGGAUAGAUCAAGAUCAAGCAUGGACAUAUGAAAGUAUGUAUAAUGGUUGGGUUGUGUUUUUCAUUUUAGCUGAAUUAUUUGCUGCGUUUUACUUGUUUUCUUUGGGGUGCUCUAUCUCAUAUGUAAUACUAUUCAUGCAAGUCAAGACUCGCAGUUGGUUUAAGCUUC